GGAAGGUUACCAAGCAACGUCAGCAUGUCUCGUUAAAAUUCAUGAGCUCAGCCUUUUACCGUAGUAAGAGCGACGGUCGACGCAAGUCCGAAGCUUCUGGGCGGAGAAUCAGAAGAGCGAAACGGCAGAGCGGAGAGUCAUUCAGGGUUAAUAAUAUUUCGCCGUGGGGGGGUGGGAGGGGAAGGACGCACAUACAUACACACACAUACAUACUGCCAACCCGGCGACGAGGUUAGGCCUGCGGUGCCUGCCUGCGACCCAGGAAACAUGGAGCUCGAGAAUAUCGUGGCCAACACUGUUUUGCUGAAGGCGAGAGAAGGAGGUGGUGGAAACAGAAAAGGCAAGAGCAAGAAAUGGAAACAGAUGCUGCAGUUCCCUCAUAUAAGCCUGUGCGAGGAGUUACGCCAAACUAUAGAGAAAGACUACAACAGCCUUUGUGAGAGACAGCCAAUCGGACGCUUGCUAUUCCGACAAUUCUGCGACACCAGGCCGGAGUUGAGACGUUGUGUCAAAUUUUUGGAUGCUGUGGCAGAGUAUGGAGUGGCGCCUGAUGAGAAGAGGAAGGAAUGUGGGCAGGAACUCCUCGACAAGUACCUCAACCCAAAGUCAGAGGACUGCAUUCCUGAGAUAUCAGGGGAGAUGGUGACUAAGUGUGCAGAACGCUUGCAACAGGAAGCAUGUAAAGAGCUCUUCAUGGAGUGCACCAAACUGAUCCAUGACUACCUGAGUGUGGCCCCUUUCGCAGACUACCUCGAUAGUAUGUACUACUGUCGCUUCUUACAGUGGAAAUGGCUUGAAAGACAGCCAGUCACAAAAAACACAUUCCGUCAGUACAGGGUUUUGGGAAAGGGUGGAUUUGGCGAGGUCUGCGCAUGCCAGGUGCGGGCCACAGGGAAGAUGUACGCCUGCAAAAAGCUGGAGAAGAAACGGAUCAAAAAGAGGAAAGGGGAGUCCAUGGCCCUAAACGAAAAGCAGAUUCUGGAGAAAGUUAACAGUCGGUUUGUUGUGAGUCUCGCUUACGCAUAUGAGACAAAAGACGCCCUGUGUUUAGUCCUAACGCUGAUGAACGGAGGGGACCUGAAGUUUCAUAUCUACCACAUGGGAGAGGCAGGUUUUGACGAGAAGCGGGCCGUGUUCUACGCUGCUGAGAUUGGCUGUGGUUUAGAAGAUCUCCAUCGGGAGAGGAUAGUGUACAGGGAUUUGAAGCCAGAAAAUAUACUAUUGGACGAUCAUGGACAUAUACGUAUAUCAGAUCUGGGCUUGGCUGUGCAUGUACCAGAGGGUCAGACAAUCAAAGGCCGGGUGGGCACUGUAGGGUACAUGGCCCCAGAGGUGGUGAAGAAUGAGCGUUAUACAUUCAAUCCGGACUGGUGGGCUCUAGGCUGUCUCCUGUAUGAAAUGAUCGAGGGCCAGUCCCCCUUUCAGCAGCGCAAGAAGAAAAUUAAGCGAGAGGAGGUCGAGCGCCUGGUCAAAGAGGUGGAGGAGGAAUAUUCCAGCAAGUUUUCAGAGGAUGCCAAGUCACUCUGUAAAAUGCUGUUAGCCAAAGACCCUAGUGAGAGGCUUGGCUGUCAGGGGGGUGGAGCCACAGAGGUGAAAGCUCACCCUAUUUUCCGUUCCAUCAACUUCAAACGGCUUGAAGCAGGCAUGCUCGAAGCUCCCUUUAUUCCCGAUCCUCAGGCCAUCUACUGUAAGGAUGUGUUGGACAUUGAGCAGUUUUCUACAGUAAAGGGGGUGGAGCUGGAGCCCAAAGACGACUCCUUCUACAGCAAAGUGUCCACUGGAUGUGUUCCCAUCCCCUGGCAAAAUGAGAUGAUCGAGACAGAGUGCUUUAAAGAGCUCAAUGUGUUAAACUUGGACGGCACUGUGCCCCCAGACCUGGACUGGAGAGGACAACCCUCGCCCCCACCCAAACAGGGCUUGCUGCAGAGACUUUUCGGCAGACAGGACUGCUGUGGAAAUUGCAGCGACAGUGAGGAGGAGCCCACGCGGCUGUGAAGGCGUGGCCUCUGGGGUUCCUCCCCCACACCACUGAGGAUCUCAUUUGUUUACAGUUUUUGCACAUUUGUAUUUUUAAGAUAGCUCUAUAUAAAUAUUGGAAUGUAUAUUUUCACUAUAUACCCAUGCAGUGUAUCUUAUUUAAAGUCAUGAAAAAGGUUCAAAAUUAUUGUCCUUUAUCAAGUGUGAAGUAUGGCAAGGGCAGAUCAUUCAACACUGUUCAAGUCUCAAAGCCUGUUGACCAAACCAGUCCUGUACAUGUGGCCAGUCCGUAUCGCAGCCUCUUUGCGCUUAUAUUUUCUUUUUCUGUUCUUGUUCAAAUUCACAUAUAUGUACAGAAUGCACUCUGAAUAUUUGUUUCAGACGUGGAGAGCAAAGGAAAUUUGCUUUUCCAAAUAUUUUUGUAUUUAUAUUUUGAAUUUUAUUUUCUUAUGGUAAUCUCGACAAUCAAACAACACCAUCUGUGUAAAACAGCGAUAAAUGUGCAGUAAUGAAUAAAAAAAAAAAAAGGCAAAAACAGGAAGUGACUGUAAAACAGAGGAAAAUCAAAUAGUUAGGUUAUUUAGCUAGAGAAACCUAGUAAACCAAAUAGGUGUGACUAAAGUGCAUAUACUGUAUGUACAAUAACAACUGCAGACAGUUGUAUCAUGUUGUAAAUAUGUGACACUCAUCUGUAAAGUCUUGAGUGUGUCUUCCUGCUAAUUUCCCUCUGGAUAAAUGGGGAAAAACAUCCUGGUGAUAAUCUUGUGCAGCCCAUAUGUUGCAUAAUGAGUCAAACCAUGAGGCAUUAUUUUCCAGUUAUGAAAUAUUUUACAACUUCUUUCUUUAAACAUCUCUGACUAGUUAACGUAACAUUGUCAUGACAGCUGAAGACAGAUAGACUUAAAUGCUCAGAUACAUAGCAGGAAGUAGUGGAUGAACAUGCUAUUAGACAAAACAUGUUAUUUCAUUGUUUAUAAAUAGAUAUGUGUAAUUUGAUGGGCUGCAUAUUUCCUGCUUUUUUACAUGUAGGUCAAACAAAAAUUAAUUUGCCAAAAAUAUGUGUUUGUUCCAUUUUGUAAUUUUUUUGUUUUUGUUUCGUUUUUUGUCGUUGUUUUGUUUAUUUUUUUCUGUUCUUUGUUUUGUUUCAUUUAGCUGUUUUUGUUUGGCUGUAUUUUGUUUCAUUUAGCUUUUUUUGCUUUGUUUUUGUUUAGUUUUGCUUUGUUUUGUUUUUCUUUAGUUUUGCUUUGUUUUUUCAUUUUGCUUUAUUUGUUUUCUUUUGCUUUAUUUUGUUUCACUUUGCUUUGUUUUUGUUUUGCUUUUUGUUUAAUUUUUUUCUUUGCUUUUUAAUUUCACUUUAUUUGUUUUUGUUUUGUUUUUGCUUGUUUUUUAAUUUUGCUUUGUUUUUUGUUUGUUUUAUUUUAUUUUGUUUUGUUUUGUUUGUGUAUCCCCUGCAAUCAAGAUAAGCUCUUUAUAUUUUCAUUUGCUUGAAUUAUGAUAGCUUCAUGUAAAUUUGACCUCUUUGCACUUAAGACCAAACAAAUUCGAAUUUUGUCCUCCAUCUUUAUGGAAGGUGACUUUUGAAGUUUUAAGGUACUCUUUUUCAUUAGCAUUUCUUAUUCAAACAUCUACAUGUGUUUGAGUCGGCUAAGCAUCUUGAUGCGCACACUCUCUCUUUUCUCUGCUGUUGUUUUACCUCAGAUAAUACUGUGCCCUAUGGAUGUCCAUUCUUUCCAAAACUCUUGUGAAUUUUUGUACUGAACAUUUGGAUGUCAUUGUAUUUUGGAAGAGACUUUGGGACUUUUACAUUUAAGCCUAGCUGAACGCACAAUGUAAGCGUAAUGUUUCGGAGGAAGUCCAUUGAAGAAUCAUCACCUCAUGACAUGCCGACUCCAAUCGGUCAACACAUUUCUCAUCCAUUGUCAGUUACGAUAAACUCAAAUACAUUCCAAACUCUACCGUACUGUACAGUUGUUAAAUGUUCUUUUUUUUUUCUCUUUUGUUUAUUUAGCAAUAAUGGAUUUUAUACAUAUAACUACAAUAUAAAUGUGUAUAAAAUGACAAAAUUUCAAAUCUAGAGCAAGACGGAACUUAGUUUGACUCAGUGUUUUCCUGAGCCAGGCUUUUAACACUGUGAAGUGAUAAUUUCUGUCACAGUUAUACAAUUUUUGUCUCUUUUGUGGAAUGCACUGAUUUCAAUGUUUUGUUUCUUUUAGUUGCAAACUUGUGUAUGUGUGUAAAGUGUGUAUGUAUGUGUGCCUAAAUGCUGAAUGAGCAUCUGCUCUUAUACCUGCACUGCAUGUGUCCAUGUUCUUUAUCAGAACCACUAGGGGAUGCCAUUAUUUCUUUCUCUAAAUUAGUGAAAUGUUACAUUCUAGGGAAGGUUUUACUGUUUCUUUUUUCUUUCAAGAGAAAAAGGUGGACAACUUCAGGCUAGUUGAUAAUAAUAAUAAUAAAUAAUAUAAGUCAUUCCAAUAAUUUCAAUAUCAUAGAUUAAAAGACUGAGAAUUAGACAAAAUUGCUUUUAAUAGAAGUCAGUUUUGAGGAAACAGCACAGUUCCAGCCACAUUUGUCAGUAUAAUUAGUUCGAGACUUAAAGUUACAAUAAGAUAAGACUCUGCCAUAUUAAUGUUUUAUUUUAGGUUUGAAGAGUAUUAACAAGUUUAGCCACCCAAAUGAAUUUAUUCCUCUAUUUUAUAGGCCUCAAAGUGUAAGGUGCCAUUUUAAGCAUUUUCCAUAAGCAAACUACAGGGCUAAAGCUGGGAAAUCUCUGUUUCAAGCAUCGAAAGUGAUGUCUGUCAAUUUUAGAAUAAAACCGAAACUUGGAAACUAUUCUUAAAAUGUUAAAUGCUUAAACCAGGUAUUAUACAGUCAAAUCUUACUGAUUUAGUCAUUGUGGAUAACAUACUGAUAUGAGUAAAGAAUGAAAUAGGCCAAGUUAAUUGUGGUUUUAUUUGUCAAUGUGCCAUUGAAAGUAAACUUUCUAACAAAAGUUUGACUGAAUUGUUUUCCAAUAUAGGUUUGAUCAUUUAAAAUGGAUGCAUAUCUGUAUUAUUAAUAAUACAAUAAUUAAUACAUUCUUUUGUUUACCUGAUAUGUAAAAGUCCAUAGCCCUUUCAUUUUAAUCCAGAAGAAUGUGUUCUGUUGCAAUGAAAAUUUGUCCUGUACCUGUUUAUUCCUGUUAUUGAAGCCUUAUUUGUAUGUGAUGCAAAGCAAAUGGUUCCUGGAUUGCACAUUGAAUACUAAUUUUUUGCUAAACUCAGGUUACUGUCAUCAAUAUGUAUGUUAUUAUUAAUAUUAUUUGCUUAAUAUAUGUAAACGGCCUUACUAGUGAAAUAAUGUCAAGUAACUGGGUUAUUUUUGUCCAUUUUAAAGUUGCAUAAAAUAAAUGCCACUGGGAACAUUG